UUUUCGAUUUGGGAGUUGAACGCAGCGGGACGUGGAGGCUGCGUCCGUCGCUAAUGCUCAUCAUCCAGGCCUGCGUUUAACAUUUGAAUGCUAUCGCUCCGCUAGGAAGGCGUUUUCUCCGCCGCAUGCGACCACGCAGGAGACUGAACCGCUCGCCGCCGUCAGUAUGGACUUGCACAUUCUGGACCACAGGCUACGGGUCACCAGCAUAUCCAAGAACGGGCUGGUGAAUUUCACACACCCCCUGAUUAAACUGAUAUUUCUCCGGAAUAGGACACGGUGCAAGUUUUUUAGUCUGACAGAGACGCCGGAGAACUACACGGUCGUCCUUGACGAGGAAGGAUUCAAAGAGCUCCGGCCCUCAGAGCAUCUCAAGGUAGAGAGCUCCAUCUGGCUGCCGCUCAACGUGGUCUCCAAUGGCAACGCCUCCAGCAGCUCACAGGCUGUUGGAGUGACCAAGAUCGCCAAGUCGGUCAUCGCCCCUCUGGCCCAGCAGCAUGUCUCCGUCUUCAUGCUCUCCACUUAUCAGACCGACUUUAUCCUGGUGAGAGAGAAAGACCUGUCGGUAGUCAUCAGCACUCUGGAGGAGGAGUUCAAUAUCUACAAGGAGGUGGGAGGAGAGUCUGUCCCCGUGCAUCGUCUGGAUGUUUCCAACGGCCUCCAGAAGAACGGCAAAGAAGCCAUCCAGCCUACAGUUCACCCGGUGCUGAUCCCCCAGAACCAGUUCUGUGUCAUGUCUCUAGACCCGGACACACUGCCGUCCAUCGCUACCACGCUCAUUGACGUCCUCUUUUAUUCCAACAGUCCUAAAGAGGAUGCACAGCCGUCUCCCAGCCAGGACUUGGACUGCAUCAAGUUCUUCUCCUUCUCCCUCAUCGAUCGCUACAUCUCGCUGGUGAUGGACACAGAGGCCCAGAGACUGUUUCCUGCUGAUCUUCUCUUCACCAGCUCCUCCGGGGAGCUUUGGAGAAUGGUUCGUAUAGGAGGACAACCUCUGGGCUUUGAUGAGUGUGGUAUAGUGGCCCAGAUAUCUCAGCCGCUGGCUGACAGCGACAUCUCGGCCUAUUACAUAAGCACCUUCAGCUUCGACCAUGCUCUGGUCCCUGAGGAGGACAUAGUGAGUGUGACAGACAUGCUCCAGCAUCAGAGGAAAGAACCAGCCACUAGUUGAUUUGUGGAGUCCUGUCUGAGCUGGACCAUCCUGGCUCAGUGUGCCGCCCCACUGUCCAGUUCCAGUGGCCAGGGGUGGCAGGCACCAGCAAAGGAUGCUGACCCUGUGCCUAGACUAGCACUGCAGCGCCAGCAGUAUUAACUACUACGAACUUGCCAUGACCACCAGAAGCGCUUCUCUAUGGUGUGCACACAGUUUGUCCGUGGGGCCUCCUGUCUUACCUAUCUAACGGCAGGAUGCACUGAGUCCCAGGAGGCCCACAAGCGCACACAUGCACAUCAAAAUGCACACUCACUCCUGAACACACACACACACACACACAUUCACAAUCACAAAGUCAGAGUCAUAUAGGAACAUGUAUGAUAGACUCUCUUUCGCUCCAGUCUUGAGGGGUAUGGUCUGUUUUUGGAUGUAUACAGCAGACCACGCUCACAUACGUUUCACCAGUGCUAUAAACACGCAACUUAGUCUUCCAGUAGCGUUUCGAUCAUAACGCCAUGUGUCUAAACAACCGUUUUUGUUGUUUGUUUGUUUGUUUGUUUUGUUUUUGUUGUAGGCCAUUCGCAAGAGUUGCAGUCGUCCUCCUUGCGAAUCUGAAAGCGUGAAGCUUGAAAUGUAAAGCGGGCGUGAGAAUGUUGCUCUUACAAUAAUCUUCACGCAACUGAGAAUUUCUUUUUUUUUGACGACAGGGCUUACUCGUUGUGAUUUGAGAAAAAUGUGCAAGUUGUACUUGUAUAUUAAAACUACUACAAAGGCUGCCAAGCAGGGCCGUAGGCUUGGUGAGUUUCUUCUUUAACAGGUCAGCAUUUCUUAACCAUAGUAUUACCCAAGGUCAAUAACACUAUGUCUUAUUCUUUUGUUAUUUGCACAGCUAACUUUUAAAUUUAGCUAAUAUCACUUAGAUAUUUCCUUUGGUACAACUACAUUUUGUACUAUUUGAAGUAAAAGUAUUCGGUAAACAUUUGUAAUUUUUGUGCUGCUUCAUUCAAUAAAGAUUAUUGA